AUGUUGAGAGAUCUUGAAACAAGAUCUAAUUUGAAAGAUCACGUUAAUGAAAACAUAAAGGAAUCUAUAAAAUUUUUGCAUUUAGUCCUGAAAGUGCAGAAUUAUUGUAAUUGGGUAUUAAUAAUCGUGUUUCCGUUAAUGCCACUUUCUUUGACAGCGUAUAUAUAUUUUACAUCAAAUGAUAUUGUUUUGUUGUUGCCUUUUUAUGCUGUGUAUCCGUUUGAUGCGUACAGUAUCAAUUAUUGGCCAAUUAUUCUCAUCAAGCAGAUUUGGACUGUAAUAUUAACUGUCCUUUACGUCUUUGGUGCGGACGCGCUAUACUACAUCUGUUGCACAUUUAUCCACGUGCAAUUCAAGUUGUUGCAACAGGAGAUACAAGGUAGUAUUCCUGAAUCUUUACCUUACGAUGGAAGGGAGGGUUUUGGAAGAGAAGUGGACGAGGCGUUAACUUUGAAAAUAGCCAAACUUGUUACGUGGCAUCAGGAUAUUAUUAAAGCUGUGGGUUUAGUGGAAAAGAUCAACUCCAAAACGACCCUCUUUAACUUCCUGUGCAGUUCGUUUCUGAUUUGUCUGACUGGGUUUACUGUUACGGAGAUUGAUGGAAUGUACGUGGUGUCCUUCGUGACUUUUCUGGGCAUCUGCUUCUUUCAAAUAUUCUUUUUGUGCUUGUUUGGAGACCUGAUAGAGCAGUCUAGUGCAGAAGUAAGCAAUGCCGUAUAUGAAAGUAAAUGGAAUUUGACUAGUAUUCAGCACUCUAAAGAACUCUACAUUAUAAUGAUGAGGGCUCAAAAAUCUUGCAAGCUGACAGCUUACGGUUUUGCUGAAGUAAAUUUGACAGCUUUUACUAAGAUAAUGAACACGGCUAUGUCUUACUUCACUCUGCUAAAAACACUAUAUUCGUCUUAUUUAUUUAAUUUAACACCCUUCGUGGUGACAGACUUAAGUAUUUUCAACACAUCUGCUGUCGUAACCUUUCCAAAAUCAAAAGAGGCUGAAGCAAGACAUGGUGCAUUGGCCAGGACAGAUAAAGUUCGCGAUUUUAUGACAGAAUCUAAACAUACUGGGGAAGAUGCAAAUUAG